UGGAUGCCAAGCGCUGCCCCGCCGGCCGCCGCCGCGCCGCCGUCGCGGGACCCAUCCAGCGGGAGAGAGAAGCCGCCGGCGGCCCCGCAGGACGGCGCCCGCCCGCUCGGCAGCACCAUGAAGGCGGCGGAGGAAGAACACUAUAAUUAUGCAUCUUCAAAUGUAAAUGCUGGCUUGCCUCUAAAUGUGGCACAUUCCUCAUUGUCAACUCCAUGUCAUGGCCUGCAGACAUCAAAUCCCGUCAUUUCAGUUGUCCCAUCGACAAACCAUCCCUCUGGAUAUGGAGGACACAUUGACAGUGGAACCUCUGAGUACUACCUGCCGCCAAACAUGAGACCUAAUGGAGCUCCAGCGCUGGAGAGCCCCAGAAUUGAGAUCACAUCUUACAUGGGAUUGCAUCAUAACAACAACCAGUUUUUCCACGAUGAGGUGGAGGAGGCCAUCCCUAACGCCAAGCGGUCACCUUCCACUGCCACUUUGAACUUGCCGAACAUCGAGGCAUACAGAGAUCCAUCCUGCCUCAGUCCAGCGAGUAGCUUGUCUUCCAGAAGCUGCAACUCUGAAGCAUCUUCCUAUGAGUCCAACUACUCAUAUCCAUAUACUUCACCUCAGACCUCUCCAUGGCAGUCCCCGUGUGUCUCUCCAAAGACCACCGACACAGAGGAGGGCUACCAGCGCAGCAUGGUGGCCUGUACUUUGCUCAGUUCCCCAAGGCACUCUCCAUCAACAUCUCCCAGAACGAGCAUCACAGAGGAGAACUGGCUGGGGGCUCGCAACUCCAGGCCUCCAUCUCCCUGCAACAAAAGGAAAUACAGCCUCAAUGGCCGGCAGACCUCCUAUUCCCCACACCACUCCCCCACUCCUUCUCCGCAAAACUCACCACGGGUGAGUGUCACAGAUGACACAUGGCUGGGGAACACAAACCAGUACACCAGCUCCGCCAUUGUUGCUGCCAUCAACGCCCUCACCACUGACAGCACCAUUGAUAUGAAUGAUGGGAUUCCCAUCAAGUCAAGGAAGACCACCAUUGAUCACACCCCAUCCAUGACUCUCAAAACUGAACCAGCUGGAGAGGAUCAUGGGACCAUAUCGCCCACUGCCGAUUUGUCACCAGAAGACUUCACCAGCUUUCAGCACAUCAGGAAAGGAAACUUCUGCGAGCAGUACUUGUCUGUGCCACAGCAUCCCUACCAGUGGGCCAAACCAAAGCCUCUAUCUCCGACAUCCUACAUGAGCCCAUCCUUGCCUGCUCUGGAUUGGCAGCUGCCAUCUCACUCAGGACCUUACGAACUGCGCAUCGAAGUGCAGCCGAAAUCCCACCACCGAGCUCAUUACGAGACAGAAGGCAGUCGAGGGGCUGUGAAAGCAUCUGCGGGGGGCCACCCCAUUGUGCAGCUCCAUGGUUACUUAGAAAGCGAGCCGCUCACGCUGCAGCUGUUCAUUGGGACUGCAGACGACCGCCUGCUGCGACCCCAUGCCUUCUACCAGGUUCACCGGAUCACCGGCAAGACCGUUUCCACCACCAGCCAUGAAACAAUACUUUCCAACACCAAAGUCCUGGAAAUUCCACUUCUUCCAGAGAACAACAUGAGAGCAAUCAUCGACUGUGCUGGGAUAUUAAAGCUCCGAAACUCUGACAUCGAGCUGCGCAAGGGAGAGACAGACAUCGGUCGGAAGAACACACGUGUGCGUCUGGUCUUCAGAGUUCAUAUCCCACAGGCAAAUGGCAGGACCCUCUCCUUGCAAGUAGCCUCCAACCCCAUUGAGUGCUCUCAGAGAUCUGCCCAAGAACUGCCUCUGGUGGAGAAGCAAAGUACCGACAGUUUUCCUGUUACUGGAGGGAAAAAAAUGGUACUGACUGGUCAUAACUUUCUGCAAGACUCCAAAGUCAUCUUUGUGGAGAAAGCUCCAGAUGGUCACCAUGUGUGGGAAAUGGAAGCCAAAACCGACAAAGAAAUGUGCAAGCCAAAUUCAUUGGUGGUUGAGAUACCACCUUUCCGCAAUCAGAGAAUUACCAGCCCUGUUCAGGUCAACUUCUAUGUCUGCAACGGGAAAAGAAAGAGAAGCCAGUACCAGCUUUUCACAUAUCUUCCUGCUAAUGUUCCAAUUAUAAAAACAGAACCCACAGAUGACUAUGAGCCUGCUCAAACCUGUGGACCAAUGAACCAAGGCUUAAGCCCUCUCUCUAAACCAUACUACAGUCAGCAGAUCAUGAUGCCCCCUGAUCCUGGUUCGUGCCUCGUGGCCGGCUUUGCCUCCUGUCAGCAGAGAAACGCUGUGAUGUCACCUUCUCCCAGCGCAAGCCCCAAGCUGCACGACCUUUCAUCCUCUCCUUACAAGUGCAUCCCCAACCCGGGCCACAGUCACCACGGACUUCAGCAGCCCGCUGGAGGUGUCCCCACCAUACAGGAAGUGCCAAGGUCUAUAGUUGUGCAUCCAAGCCCCCCCGAGCAAUCAUCUCACGUCAUGCUGCAGCCGCAGUAAAUGAAAUUAUAAGGAAUGACCUUUCCAGUACCAAUGUCCACUCAUAGCUUUCAGUGUGGGCCUGGUAUGAAAUACACACUUUUGACUUGGCUGGCAUAUCACCUCGAGUCGGGCCAUACUGAAUGAACUGAAGACAUUGCCUGGUACCACUCUGAUCUUCCACCUUAAUGAAUGUCAGGAACUGAAGAUUUACCUCUUGCUUACAAAGAAGUAGCUCCUCAACUUCAACUGAUGAAACAACUUUUUUAAAAUAAAAUCAUCUCAAAAGAGAGAAGAAGGAGUAUGCUCCAAGAUGGCGCAUUUCGUGGGACAAAACUAGGAAACUCUGCAAAAUCUGAGCGCUUCUUCCCAUUGCUGAUCUUUUUGGCAUGGCACCGCUGGAAUACAGCCCUGGAAGUGCCUUAUUUUACCAGGUUGUGGCAUCAGGGCAUUUUUAAUAAGCUUUGAAUUUGCUACCAUUAAAAGUGUUGGUAGAUGCAGAAACUCUAGAGCUUGAAUUCUGGAGAACGAUACUGGAAAAAAGCAUAGGACCUUGCAGCAGAGUAAGGAGAGCAAUCCUAACUCAAGUAAGACACAUUUAUGAAUUCCAGAAUUUUCCUCAGCUUUUCCUCUGUUGUAAUGUACAGCCUAUUGCCUUAUUCUCAGUGCAUUUCAAAAGUCUCCUGAUUCAUCAUCAUCUCAGCUUUCUUUUUGCAUAUUGCCUUUAUUACGUGCUAAUGAAUCAUAGGGUUGGUAGUAGUAGCAUAGUAAGAUUCUGAUUUUGAUCCAGAUUCUGUCAUAGCACAAGUGAACUGAAUAGCACAAAAUAAAAAGGUUGAUGGACAAAAAAUUGAAAUCUAUCUUUUACAUGAUAGAUGAAUGUAUAUGCAUGUACAUACAUACUAGUAUAUAUGCAUAUAUUUAUAUAUGACAAAUAAUAUAGAUGAUUGCCUAGUAAGGGCACUGAAUUUAGCAAUAAUUUCAAUUUCUGAGAAUGCAUUUCAAAUCCACAGCAAAUAUUUCAGCUACUUCUUCUUAGGGUUUGUUGCACCUAAAGCAGGUAUGCAUUUUCUUUCCUCACGCAGUUAAGCAAGCACUUUAGAUAGGCAAGAAGGAUGCAUACAAGAUACAUGUUAUUUACCAAAUGUCAGAAUAUGAGUUAUAGUGACUGUAAAUACUAUUAUGGAAGAGUGUAAAAUAUUUGUUCAGUUAUAAUAUUAUUAUUCCGCAGAAGCCUUAUAACUCUCUGCUACAUGUAUGGAAAAGGAUGUUACCAAAAAUCCACCUUGGUUUCACAUGUGGCGCUGUAUAAUGUGUUUUCAGAUUACCUAAUGUUCCUGGAGCUACAGGUAGGCAUGUAGUGUAGCCUUCAACAUUGUAUUUUUUACGAUCAACUGCUUAUUAUAUAACUAGAAACGACCUAUUACUUCAUAUAACAAAAAAAAAAAUAAAAGCAAAACUAAAAUAAAAUAGCAUGACUAAAUUAAAAAUGUUUAACAUUAAUAUUGUGCCUUAGGAAUCUGUGCCCCCUCCUGGAAACACCUCCAAACUACACCCCCGAACUGGGGUGGCUCCUUAACCCCGAUGCAAUGAAGACUGAACAGGUUUCACAAAAUGGUGAAAUCCAACUAAGUGUUUUAAAACAUUCUUCUGUAUAAUUAUGUCUUACUUUCUUUAGAAAAAAAAAUGAAAGCCAUAUUUGUCACAUUUGCACAUUACUGUGAAGACAUGAGAAUAUAAUAUGGCUCUAUGUACAUAAUAUGCUGUUACUGGUCCUUAUAAUAAUCUGUUAUUCCUCACAUGUUUAAUCCCAGUUAUUUACCCUGUAUUUAGUGUUGUAGACGUUGCAUGAAACGUUCCUUAUAGACUGACAUAUGAAAAGUUAAAAAGCUUGACAAAUGUCAGCUUGACUUGUAGCUAGACAAUAGAACUAAUAAAGCAAAGUGUUUUGCUGGAAGCUAGUCUUAGAGUGGUUCAUUUUAUGUUAUCUUGAAAAACUUUCUUUUCUCAUAUAAAAUAGCAUUUUUACAUUAUAUACAUAUAUCUCUCCAUCUCUACUAUAUGAAGCUGCUUGCAUCCUGCUAAUAUAACCAUCUUAGUAAGGAAGCAAAGUCAACAGACUCCUCUUCAUUUCCCCAUUGCAUUUAAAGGCAUUUCUCCCAAGAAGAGGAAAUUAUAUAUGAUAUAGUCCUCCAAUUUUGUUUUCUUAUUAUUUCAGAAAUGUCAAUAAACUGUGCAUGGAGGAAUCUCUGAUUAUGCCAAAGCAUUUUUUUAUUCAUUUACUAAAUAUCUUGGGUAAGGCUUUAACUGUGCAGGACAAUGCACACAUACACACAGAAGCACAUUUCAGCAGUAAUUUUAGCAAAGGUUUCAAAUGUAUGGUUUGGCUAUGUCACAGCUCCUUCAUUCUGAUUUUUAUUUUCUUCUUUAAGCUAUUUUGGGGAAAAAAAGACCCCAACCUGUUACUUUGAAGCCUGGAUAAUGGAAGAUUAUGCAUCUGUUGUAUAUGUAUUCAUAAAAUAAAAACGAAAGCAGAAAUAUUUCCUGUA